ACGUCUAAUUUGUUAGUUGUAUCUUAUAGGCAGCGUGCACUCUCCACUGGAUUUGUCAGAGGAGGAAUGGGAUAACAUCUAUAGAACGAACCUAAAAGGGGCAUGGUUGGUGUCCAAAUAUGUUUGUAUACGGAUGCGAGAUGCUAAUCAAGGAGGAUCUGUUAUUAAUAUCUCUUCUAUUGCUGGUCUUAAUCGUGGGCAAUUACCAGGAGGUCUUGCUUAUGCUUCUUCAAAGACUGCUCUUAACACUGUGAUGAAGAUGAUGGCAAUUGAAUUGGGACCAUACAAGAUCAGAGUGAACUCAAUAUCACCAGGACUUUUCAGAUCUGAGAUAACAGAGGGCCUCAUGCAAAAAGACUGGCUCCACAAUAUUGCAUUGAGAACCAUUCCCUUGAGAACACAUGGAACAUCAGAUCCGGCUUUGACUUCAGUGGUGCGUUAUUUAAUCCACGAUUCUUCAGAAUAUGUUUCAGGAAACAUUUUCAUAGUAGAAGCUGGAGCUACUUUACCAGGUGUCCCAAUUUUCUCAUCCCUUUAGUUAUAGAGAAAAUUGAAUUUGUUCUGUUGUACGUAAAAGUAUUAUCAUACAGGAUCUGAAGGUAAAAAGAUAGAGUAUUAAGAUGUUAAGGAAAAAUUGAUCUGCUUCCAUCAAUUUUAUGUAUUAUUCAAUUUGUAAAAUGAACUGUAGCUUGAGAUCUUGUUACAGUUUGAAGAUAUUCUUGCCUAAAGAAAUUUUAUGCUCUGGUUUGAGACGUUUAAAGUAAACAAUUAAUGCCAGUCUUCUCUUUUUCA